AUGUCUCGAACCGCCUCAGAUACCGACAGCACCACCUUAGCCCAGCUGGGCAAGAAACAAGUCCUCAAGCGACGGUUUGGCUUUUGGUCGCUGUUCGGCUUUGCCGUCUGUGAAUUGAUCACCUGGGAGACAGUCCUGGCUCUGUUCAGCCAGGGCUUCGACAAUGGCGGUCCGGCAGGGUUGGUCUAUGGCUUCAUCAUAGCCUGGUCAUCGACUCUCUCGGUGUACAUGGUCAUCUCCGAGCUCGCCUCUAUGGCCCCAAUCGCCGGAGGCCAGUACUACUGGGUCUACAUGCUCGCCCCACCGGGAUACAAGGUGUUCUGCAGCUACAUCAUUGGCUGGCUGACCUCGCUGGCGUGGAUCGCGACCGUUGCGACCGAGACCAUCUUCGCCGGGACUAUGCUUCAGGGUAUAAUCAUUCUCGAUUACCCAGACUAUAUCGCAAAGGAAUGGCAAGGCACGCUCCUGGCCUGGCUGGUGAUUGCCGUGGCCAUCUUCAUCAACGUCGUCAUCCCCGGCGUUCUUCCUAGAUUCGAGAUCUUCAUCAUCGUCUUCCAUAUCGCCGGUUUCAUCACCAUUCUGACUCUUCUCUGGGUCUACUCUCCUCACAAUUCGGCCUCUUUCGUCUUUACCACCUCUCUCAACGAGGGCGGCUGGCCAACCCAAGGCUUGUCUUAUUGCGUCGGCUUUCUGGGUAACGUCGCGACGUUUGUCGGUGCAGAUGCUUCCGUCCACAUGGCCGAGGAAGUGGCGAACGCAGCCAAAAAUAUUCCACGCGCAAUCUGUUUCAGCAUGAUCAUCAACGGCAUGGUGGGGUUCGUCAUGAUGUUGACUGUUCUGUUUUGUAUUGGUGACGUGGACACUGUUCUAGACACAGCCACUGGCUAUCCGUUUAUCCAGGUCUUCUACGAUAGCGUCCAAUCUGUCGCUGGCGCCACAGUCAUGGUUGCCGUUGUCCUCAUAUUGACAUGGGCUUGCGCGACCGGUAUCAUUACCACCGCCAGCCGGAUGACAUGGUCGUUUGCCCGUGACCGGGGCACGCCCUUCAGCAAAACCAUCAGCUACGUCACGCCGGCGAGCAGAAUCCCCAUCGUCGGUGUCGCCGUGGUCACGGGUUUUGCUGCCCUGCUCACACUGAUCUACAUCGGCUCACCUACUGCGUUCAACGACGUCAUCUCGCUCACAAUCACCGGCUUCUACUGCUCGUAUUUCCUCCCUGCUGCAUUCUUGCUUUACCACCGAGUCAAGGGCCAUGUGCUGCCCCACAAGCAAGACACUCCAGGAGUUCCGCUCGGCGAGGAUGACGCCGACGCUGCCUCGGGUCCGUUCGAGAAACAUGUUACCCCCAAGGACAGCUCGGAACCGAAAGCAUCUCCGCACGCGGACCGGGAUGCGGAUGUCGCCGCCAUCGAACCUCCAGUGGCACGGGACCGCCAGGUCUCCGUCGUCCAGGCGCAGUUGGUCUGGGGCCCGUGGCAUAUUCCGGGAAUUCUGGGCACCAUCAAUAACGCCUAUGCCUGCGUGUACAUGAUAUUCGUCAUUUUCUGGAGCGUAUGGCCGCCCGCGACGCCGGUCGACUACCAGACGAUGAACUACUCGGUCGUCGUGACGGGCGGCGUGGUCAUCUUCAGUAUUGUCUGGUACUAUAUCCGAGGGAGGAAGGAGUACAAAGGACCGUUGAUCGACGACGAGGUCGCGGCUGUGAUGAGACUCGGCAGCGUGGUCCAUGUUUAA